AUGGAUAUCGCCUCCUCAUCAUACAAACUACCACGGAAGUACGAUGUGCUCAUCAACUUCACUGGAGAAGACAUCCACAGAAAAUUUGUUUCUCAUCUCAAUUCUGUCCUCUCUACUGUUGGUCUUACCACUUUCCUUCAUCACCACAAUGCAGUGAAGUCAACUCACAUCCAAGAACCUAUUCUCAGCCACUGUCGGGUAGCAAUUAUUGUUUUCACCCAAACGUAUUCUCAAUCUGCUUGGUGUCUUAAUCAGCUUGAACAAAUCAUCAAAUGGCACGAAACUUAUUUCCGACAUGUUAUGCCAGUAUAUUAUGAAAUCCAGCCAUCUGAUGUACGUCUUCAGAAGGGUGACUUUGGAAAAGUCUUGAAGGCAACUGCACAGCAAACAUUUUCAGGAGAAGAACUGGAGCAUGGAAUGUCCAG